AUGCUUAUAUCGGGUGCUAUACAUUAUUCUCGUUCAACACCAGGCAUGUGGCCUUAUAUAAUGAAAAUGGCUAAAAAUCAAGGUCUUAAUACGAUUCAAACUUAUGUUUUUUGGAAUAUACACGAAUACAAACAAGGUGUACUUGACUUUAGUGGUCGUGCCAAUCUAAGUCGUUUUCUUGAAGAAGCUGCUACUACUGGUUUAUUUGUGAAUCUACGCAUAGGUCCGUAUAUAUGCGCUGAAUGGAAUUAUGGUGAAAUGCCAGUAUGGAUCAAUCAAAUACCAAAUAUAUCAAUUCGUUCAAAUAAUGAUCCAUGGAAAAAUAUAAUGCGUCGAUUCAUUUUGAAUCUGAUCGAUUAUAUAACACCUUAUCUUGCUAAAAAUGGUGGUCCUAUUAUCCUUGCUCAAAUUGAAAAUGAAUACGGUACGCCUGAUUUUGAUUAUGUGAAAUGGUGUGGUGAUUUAGUGAGAAAUGAACUUGCAUCAACAGAAAUUAUUUGGAUUAUGUGUAAUGGUUAUGCAGCGAAUUCGACAAUCGAAACAUGCAAUUCAUGCAACUGUUUAGAUGAUGGAUGGAUUGAUCGUCAUCCAUAUACUUAUCCUGGUCAACCGAUGUUAUUUACUGAGGAUUAA